CCAUGAAUGGACCAAUGAGAGACGGCAAGAGCAAUCUGGAGGAGCCGUUGUUGAAGUUUAGCUAGACUUUUUGUUUUGGUUAGCCACCAAACCUGAGUUUUUGUUAACAAUGUGACUUUAAAUGAACAGUUUAGCAAUCAAGUAAUAUUAGUCUGUAAUAUCUUUGACAAUGGGGUUAAUAAAGGUCAACGGUGGACAGGAAAAUGCAGUGACGGCGGCUACAGUCGCAGAGGCCAAGUUGGUGUGCCAGGGAGUAAACAACCAGAGCUACACCUGUGAGUGGGGUCACUGCUGUGGAGAGGCACAGUGCUGCAACUACUAUUAUGAACUGUGGUGGUUCUGGUUGGUGUGGACUCUGAUUAUUAUCCUGACAUGCUGCUGCGUUUGUCAGCACUGGCGUUCAAAGCAGCGUUUCCAACAGCAGCGCCGGCAGAACGAGAUCAACCUCAUUGCCUACAGAGAGGCUCACAACAACUCUCAGCUACCCCUGUAUCUCAGAUUCUUGCCCUCUUACCUGCUGCCAGCCUAUGAAGAGGUAGUUGACCGCCCGGUCACGCCUCCUCCUCCCUACACCCCUCUUCAGUCAGCACCUACACCCACAGAACCACCUGAGGAAUCUUCUUGUCCACACUCAGCUAUUUCUAUGCCUAGAGAUGCUAAUGUAGAGCUCUCAGCUACUCCAGAGGUCACGCAGAGCCACCUUCAGAGCAUGUACAACCCCAAUAAGGACUUGACACCAAACAGGUACCGGCGCUUCACAGGGGAUUCUGGAAUUGAAGUGUGUGAUGGCCAGGAACUGUGGGAUCAGCAUGGCUUUGUAGAAGGAGAAGAAGAGACCGAAGAAGAGGCAACGGGGCGAAUGGAGGAACUGUGUGAUCAGUAUGAUCCCCUGACCUUGGAACAUGGCCACAUGAAUGAUGCAGUCAUUCAGGAAAACACGGAUGGACACACAGCUGUGGAUACAGAGCCACAGUCUCUUAGUGCCAUAAUGUGGAGCCUUAUGCAGCCUUUGAAGGGAGAACUUUAACGAAGAUCUGGAGUCUCUUACUUUGACUCGGUGACUUCAGUGUACUCUUUCCAUGCAGCAUUAACAGUUUGACAUCUGUGUUGAAUACUGUACUAUAUUGCAAUUUAUCGACAUUUAAAUAAGAAUAUCUGAAAGUAAUACCAUCACUGUGUUUAUUCUGAAAACACAAACAGCAAGUCUGUGUUUGUCAUAGUCCAUAAGUGUGUGUACAAGUUAUGUAUAGUUUAAGUUAAUGACUGGUGCAGGUUGAAAAUAUAUUCCUGCUGUUGGAAGGUUGACAGUACACUGAGGGAACCAGCUGAGCACUUUUUCCACAUAUGCAAAAUUGGACAGUGGCCUUCAGCUUGCGGUGCUACGCUCUGUAUAUACUGUAUGACCUUUAUUAUCUGCUGAAAUAAAAUUUUAUUUUUCUGUAUAUAAUACACUUAUUAAAUAUCAUGGAGGAAA